CACCUCUGGCCGAGGCCUUUUCCCCUCAACGUCUCCAGGUCCUAACAAUCCCAAUUUUUCUCCCACAAAAGAAAAAAGAAAAAAGGGUUUUUGAUCAAACUCUUGAUAUUCCAUAUUGAUUUCAAAUAAAUUUCUAAAUUCGUAUCCCAGAAUGGUAUUGCUGAUCAAGUAAGAAGAGACAAACCCUAGGAUGAGGUCGGAGUUCAGCCUCGCUGCGAGCGCUCCGAGGCUCGACAUCGACAAUCGGAUCUCUCUGCGGUACUACUAUCGGAUUGCCCGUGCUCUGAUCAAACAGGCUGACAUUUUCCGGGAUGAAAAGAAUAUUAUUGAUCUUUAUGUCAUGCUUUUGCGCUUUUCAAGUCUGAUUACUGAGACCAUACCAUUGCAUAGAGAAUACGAAGCAUAUCUACAAAAUGAGAGACUAUUCUUUAGGAAGAAAUUACUUCACGUACUAGAUGAACUAGAGGCUUUAAAGCCAGAUGCCCAGCGGCGGAUUGAAGAAUUAAACAGGAAGUCCAGAAAUCAAGUUGGAAGGUGGGGUCAAGCUAACCAAAAUUCUUUUACCAACAAUUCAUUGGAGUGGCCUUCAACCAAGAAGCAGACUUCAAGAAACGAGGUUAAACAGAUUUACUGGGUUCCUGGACAAGAUGACUCUAGGGGUCCAAUCAAUCAGCAUUACAGACUACCUCAGUCCAAGCCUAUAGACGGACAAUUUCACAAACUUUCUCUUAACAUUCCUCGUCCUAAGGAGGAGACAUUAUCAAGACAUUCCAUCUUAGGUCCAAAUGGCCUCCAUGGACAUUGGCAACCACCUAUUCCUAGUCGAGGGAUUCAAUAUCCAAGCAAUCUUGAUUUGACUCCAGUUGACAUUCCAAGCCUCCUUCAGCCGACACAAGAUGAACAUUCAACUGCAAAAGUGAAUGUUGCUUCAGAGCAUGUCAAGUCUGCACUUGAAGAAGUCCUUUCGUUGCAUGAUGAUGGAGCAACGGUACAUGCUGAAGAACCAACUUCGCUGAUUACCUUUGAUAUCAUGGAAACUACUCCUAAGAUGGAUAUCCCCAGAGAACCUUCUCCUCCGCCUGUUCGUGCAGAAGUACAAGAUUUGGCUGCUAUCACAUCUGAAAUUUCGUACCCUACAUCUGGACAGACAAAUUCUCUUGAGGAUGUCCGCACAGAAUCUCCUUUGCAAGUUCACAUUUCUGCGGUGUUGAUGGACAGCUUUAUGAGGGUUGCUAAGUCAAAUACUGAUAGAAACUUAGAAACUUGUGGAGUUCUUGCAGGUUCACUUAAAAAUAGAAAUUUUUUUGUAACAGCUCUUAUCAUCCCAAAACAGGAGUCAACCUCUGAUUCUUGUUCAACGACAAAUGAGGAGGAAAUAUUUGAGUUUCAGGAUAAGCAAUCUCUUUUCACCCUCGGGUGGAUUCACACACAUCCUACACAGUCGUGUUUCAUGUCGUCGAUCGAUGUUCACACCCAUUAUUCUUAUCAGAUUAUGUUACCUGAAGCCAUUGCAAUUGUUAUGGCACCAAGAGAUGGUUCAAGGACACAUGGUAUAUUUAGGCUUACAGCUCCUGGUGGCAUGUCGGUAAUAAGGCAAUGCCAGCAGCGCGGUUUCCAUCCUCAUCCAGAGCCAUUGGAUGGCGGUCCAAUCUAUGACCGCUGUUCCGAUGUAUACAUGAAUCCUAAACUCAAAUUUGAUGUUGUAGAUCUCAGAUGAUGAUGGUAAUGCUCAUUGUAUUGAAACGUCAUUAUGAACUCACUAUUGAAUCACUUCUUUUGUUGUACAUCUGAUAAUGGAAUAUUGUGGGUAUUUCAAUAGUGGUCGCUGGUCAGUUUUUCAACCCAUAAUUUUGUAUAAAAUUUGAUGUUUGUGGAUCUCAGAUGAUGAUAAGCUCAUUGUUUUUGAAACCUCUCUAGAAACUCAUCAUUGAAUCAUAUUACCGUGAAUCCCUUUGUUAUACA